AUGGCCGUUCUUACUCUCCUCGUCCUCAGCUUAGCUGCUCAGCUCGCAGCAGGGCAAACCCCCGGCAACCUUACAGAAGUUCACCCUAAGCUGGACACAUUCCGGUGCACGGUGCGCGGCGGGUGUAAGAAGCACACCAACUACCUCGUUGUCGACUCGAGUCAGCAUCCCAUUCACCAGGCUACUAACUCCUUCGACUGUGGCUCUUUUGGUAACACACCGAAUGCUACGGCUUGUCCGGAUGCCGCAUCCUGUGCCAAGAAUUGCAUUAUUGAGGGAAUUCCUGACUACACGACCAGAGGAGUCAGCACAUCUGGCACCGAGCUUCGUCUCCAACAAGUGUAUCGCAACACUACAGUCUCUCCCCGGGUCUACUUCUUGGACGAAAGCCAAGAAAAAUACGAUCUUUUGCAUCUUACUGGUGCCGAGUUUACUUUCGAUGUCGAAAUGUCAAAGCUGCCCUGCGGCAUGAACAGCGCGCUCUAUCUUUCCGAGAUGCUUGAGGAUGGCGGCAAAAGUCUUAGCUCCAAUAACAAAGCUGGUCCAUUCUACGGCACCGGGUAUUGCGAUGCCCAGUGUUUCGUUACCCCGUUCAUCAAUGGAGUGGGCAACGUCGACGGGCGAGGUUCCUGUUGUAACGAGCUUGACAUCUGGGAAGCAAACUCUCGAGCUACGCAUAUUGCACCUCAUACAUGCAAUCAAACCGGUCUCUACGAGUGCGUUGGUUCUGAAUGCGGCUCGCAGGGUGUCUGCGACAAGUCCGGUUGUUCAUGGAACCCCAGCCGUCUCAACGCCACCAACUACUACGGACGCGGCGACACGUUCAAGGUUGACACUACCCGGAAGUUUACCGUCACCUCUCAGUUCGUUGCUGAUAAGUCUGGCCAUCUCACUGAACUGCACCGGCAUUACAUCCAGGACAACGAGCUUAUCUCGAGCGCUGUUGUCAACAUCGCGGGACCCCCAAACAUUAAUUUCAUGAAUGCCGAAUAUUGCGAGGCGACGGGCGCCGAUGAAUUCAUGAGACUAGGCGGCAUGAAGGGCAUGGGUGAGGCCAUGAGUCGCGGCAUGGUGCUGGUGAUGAGCAUCUGGUGGGAUCAGGGCGGCAACAUGGCCUGGCUUGAUCAAGGCAACAGUGGGCCAUGCAAUGCUACCGAGGGCAGUCCUACUUCAAUUGUCAAAAUAGAGCCGAAUCCGGAGGUGACUUUCAGCAACAUCAGAAUUGGAGAGAUCAACUCGACCUUUUCCCUACGCACGCCUUAUCAACGGGGUAGCGUUGUGGGAUCUGUCAGGCGGGAAGCCCAGUUCGAAAGCCACCUCCAUCAGCACCGCCACCACCACGGUUUCUAA